AUGGCUACCGAGGGGGAUGUGGAGCUGGAGUUGGAGACUGAAACCAGCGGCCCGGAGCGGCCUCCGGAGAAGCCACGGAAGCAUGACAGCGGUGCGGCAGACUUGGAGCGAGUCACCGACUACGCGGAGGAGAAGGAGAUCCAGAGUUCCAAUCUGGAGACGGCGAUGUCCGUGAUUGGAGACAGAAGAUCCCGGGAGCAGAAAGCCAAACAGGAGCGGGAGAAGGAACUGGCCAAAGUCACCAUUAAGAAGGAAGAUCUGGAGCUGAUAAUGACAGAGAUGGAGAUCUCACGAGCAGCAGCAGAACGGAGCUUGAGGGAACACAUGGGCAAUGUGGUAGAGGCUCUUAUUGCCUUAACCAACUGAUCUUUGCUUUCUCAGACCCACUCACUGGAUUAUUUUAUUUCAAUAAAGACUUAUUCUUAUUUUGCAAUUA